GUCGCCAAAUAUCAAACAUAUAUCUAUUUCUUUAAAUUCGAAAAAUCAAUACUAGUUCAGCUACAGAACAGACCCAUAGUACGCGUUACGGGUACUGUAUAUUUUGAUUUCGAUCAAAUUUUUGUCGGAAAAAACGUUUUGGAGUGUAAUUCGAAAAUACAGUUCGCGAAAGUUUUGUUUUGAAUCCGGCCGGCUUGGAGCGCACCUUGUUUACAUUGACUCGCGCGUAACUUCGCUCCGUAAUGGACGCGCGCGGCGUGUCGUGGGACGAGGUGGGGAGUGGGGAGAAGUGUGUCGAGUACUCCGAGCAAACGCACCGCCCACGUCGCGUCGCACACACCGAGCGAAUUCUUUCUGUUCAUUACGCCGCGCGCCGCAUACUUUUCGGCCGAGAGCAAUUAGGUACUUAAAUCUUGAACUCUCGCACGUUCUUCGCGACACGAUCGAUCGACGAUCAUCGUUAUGCACGUUUCUCUCAGAUUAAAAACGUGUUCUUGAUUCUCGUUACACUGUCGGUCGACACGGGCAGUCGGGCAGCGCGCAACGUGACCGGUGUGAAGUUGAACGGAUGAACCGGAUGAACGUUGCCGUCGUUCGAUCUUUCCUAACGGACUUCGAAGGUUUUAGUGACGGGCGACUCCCGUUAUUUGUCUGCAUUCAGAGACUUGAGAGAGCAUCGCGCGUGUCGUGAAGCAGUCCAAGUGGAUCGAAGUUCACGGAGUGCCGAAUUGAGUUGACGGUUGAUCGCCGUGGAGUGAUAAAUAAUUAGCGGCGAUCAAAAUAUCGUUUCCCGAUAUUCGCGAUAUGGCGUUUGAUGGCGGCCGAUCGUUAACGCGUUAAUUGGCGAACAAUCGACUGUGGAUCAAUUCUCGUGCGUCCCGAUGAGGGAAUGGAGGAGCCGACGAACGAGAAAACGGUGGUGUCGACGAAAAGGCGAAGGAGCUACCUGUGGCCGAAGCCAAAGUAUUAUUGAAAAGCCGUACUAACGAUAGAGAGACCAUAGAGGAGCUGGCCGAGUGAAAGAGAGGUGUUCGCCGUUAGAAGAAGUCUCUCGCAAAGAGGUGAAAGAGGAAAAAGGAAGCCGUAAGCACGAUGGGUGAGAGACGUGGUACGAAGGCGUUGGAGCUUUGGUGCCGUCGGAUAACCGACGGUUAUCCAGGUGUAAACGUGCAAAACAUGACCACCUCCUGGAGAGACGGGCUCGCCUUCUGCGCCAUGAUUCAUCACUUUCGGCCGGACCUCAUCGACUUCAACAGCCUGAACAAGGACGAUGUAUACAGAAACAACGAGUUGGCUUUUAGAACGGCCGAGCAACAUCUUGGAAUUCCUGCACUCCUGGACGCCGAAGACAUGGCGUCCUGCAUGGUGCCCGAUCGAUUGUCCAUUCUCACCUACCUCUCGCAAUUUUACCAAACUUUCGGAGGAUCCUCACCCAGCCGUCUGGCGACGAACAGAACGACCGAAAGUGCCGACGAUAGGAUCGCCCCUGUUCCAGAAUCUCCUAAACAAAAGGUGGGGUCGCGUCUGGGGAUGCGGAGGGAUCCGUGCGCCGCAUGCGGGUUACCGGUCUUCCUGGCGGAGAAGCUGCUGAUAGCGCGCGCUCCUUAUCAUCGUACCUGCUUCCGGUGCGCCCGUUGCUGCAACCAGCUGACGCCGGGCAAUUACUACGAGACCGAGGAAGGCCAGUACUGCUGCGAGACGUGUCCGGACGAAGAGGAGACUGACAGCGUGCGCCACAAGUACGCCGAGUCGACGAUGUCCGACACAGAAAGAGAGAAGAAUGAACCGAGACCGCUUAGCGACGAAGAGAAAACGGAGAGAAAGAGUGUACUGGAGAACGCAGCGGUACCCGAUUUGAUUUCUCAUACGUCGCAAAUGCGCAAGAGCUUCAUGACCAGUCAUCUUCUUUCCGAAAAGUUCGAGUCUACCGCGAAGGAUACAUUCGCGAGCACGAAAAGCGAUUCGGAUCAUCGUCAGGAAACAAACAGCAGGAUCGGCUCGGCCUUCCCCGACGCCGACGAGAAUGAAGAGGAGGAGGAAGAGGAGGAAGGGGAGGAGGAAGAGGAGGAAUCCCAUAGCUCUGUAACGGAUUCCCCAGAUAUGGAGGAGUCUAACAUUGAGCGAUACGAUGUACAUAGCGCGUUAAAUAGCUUAGAUAUUAGGAGCGACAAGGAUCAGCGAUCGACUGCCAUUUCAUUCCAUGACAUAGGUAAGCAGAGAAGAGAGGAUAAUACCAAAGAGUCGCCAGGAUGCGCCGGUGAACGUGCCAAUCCCGAAACAAGAUUGUCAUUGGUUCAAAAGAGACUUCAAAUGUUUGAGAGUCGGGACAAAAGGGAUCACGUCGAUGGAACGGAUCAAAGCAAGAAAAGAAAUCCAAUGGCUCAGAAUAUCACAAUGGUUCAAGGCGACUCCUGGGACCUGUCACCGGAUGUUCUUUCAGCGAAUGAGGAAGAACGACCGGAAAAGAGGCUCGAGGAAGACUCAAUAAUUAAAAAUACUGAAAAAUAUGAACAUAAAGACAGCUUCGAGAAUGUCGGCAAACAGCAAAAAGAAGACUCGAAGAUUACAAAUAAUGAGGAGAACUUUUCGAAAGACUUUGUACGAGUGAAUAACGAAGAUCGUCUUAAUAAAGAUAAACCGCACGAGAAUAGCGCAAAAGUUCAAAGUAUUGAAAGACGAAAAGACAACUUUACGAAGAUCGAGAAUGAACGAUUCGAAAACAAUAAGAUGGAUGAGGAUUACGAGAAUGCCAUGGGAAGCAGCGUGCUGACCGCGAAAGGCAUCAAUUUAAGUGAUAAUGGGAAUUAUCCAGAAGACUUGAAUCCUUUCAAGAGCGAUGAAGAAGACAACGCCGCAGAGGAGGAUAAACUACGGACUGUGAUAAACAGCUCUAAAAACAAUAAAGUGUCGACUAAUCCAUUCGACAGCGAAGAUGAAGAUAUCGAAGAGCCAGAACCGCCAAAACCGGCGAUAAGAAAUAAACCGGAGAAUCGAGGAACGUCUAUGACAAAGCGGGUCCUCGCGGCGCCACAAAUUAAUCUUAAUCCAUUCUGGAGCGACGAGGAAGAGGAACACGGUAGCGACGAGGAAAGACGAGAUAGAACACCAUCUGGAAAUGUGCCUGUACCGAAACCGCGUACCAUCAAGACUACUUCCGAAGUAAAUGUUGUACGGAGAGUCGACUUAGAUCGUGGAGGCUUGUACGCGUCUAAUAGUUCCUUAACCAGCUCUGAAUCAACUACAACUCCCGGUGGAACGUACAGGAAGAAAAAACCUGCGCCGCAGCCACCGGUCGUGAAAGAAUUGUUUCCAGCUAAUCAGCACGAAUCGCCUAUACUCAAAUCGCAUAAUAGCACAUUACCCUCGUAUCACGAUUCAUCACCUCGCACAACGCCACGAGCUCGAAAAACCAAGCCGGCUCCUCCACCGCCAAUGCCAACCAGCACACCUUGUAACAUAUCGAUUGGCAAAGCAUUAAGUUUAGAUGAGUCUCCUAUAAUCAAGCUUCGUGAUGAUGAUCGUAACUUGAAUAUGUGGGAAGAUCAAAAGACAAACAAAGACGAGGCGAAUCGAAACAGACAGAGUUUGAGCAGUAUCUCAUGCACCGAUUCCUCCUAUAUGUCCUCUUACACUGAUAAAAGCGUGCAAGGAAAGUGGAAGAGGAAAAAGGGUCCCGCCCCACCGCGACCAAUUCCGCAUAGGAGAAAGAUUAAAGUAAUAUCUAUGAAAGACGUGAAAUUAGAAUUAGAUGAAAUAGAAUUACAACAGCAAGGCUUAGAAAGACAAGGCGUGCGAUUGGAACAGUUGAUACGAGAUAAAUGCGAAUCCGGACCUAGAACAGACGAUUCGUCACUCGGUACAGAUGUGGAGGAAUUGGUUUUAGAAUUGUUCGCAUUAGUAAACGAAAAGAAUGAGUUGUUCAGGAGACAGGCCGAAUUGAUGUUACUACGGAGGCAACAAAGAUUAGAGGAGGAACAUGUUGAAGUAGAAUAUCAAAUACGAUGUCUCAUGUGCCAACCAGAAGCUACUAAAACGGACUUCGACAAACAGAGGGAAGAAGCAUUGAUACAAAGGUUAGUAGAAAUCGUAGAGAGAAGAAACGAAAUUGUCGAAUGUUUAGAGAUGGAUCGUCGAAGAGAGGUAGAAGAGGAUAAAAGCAUAAAUAAACAUAUGGGUUUAUUCGCUGCGAGGAAUAAGAACGAACUGGCAAGCAAAGGCAACGAUUUUUCUAAUGCAGGGAAAACAAAAAAAGGAAAAAUAAAGGAGAAAGUAAAAGAAAAGAAGUUGAAAAAGACCACAAAAAAAGAUGCCGACAAGGAUGUGGACGAGACUGAGGUGAAACUCAAACGCCAUGGCAAAAGAAAAUGGUUUUGAGUUGCGAUAGUGUUAACAGUUAACGAUUACGAUAUAGAUGUAGAAAAUAUUUC